UGAAUCAAAAUGUGCGAUGAAAUGAACAAAAUUUGAGGAAGAAAAUCGUGUAAAAAUGUCUGCAUGUAAAAUUUUACUUAUUUUGGGGUUGAAUAUUGAUGAUGGGCUUUUAAUUCUUGGAUACGUCCAAGACUAAUUGGGCUGCUAAAGAUUUUUCUGGGUUAGAUCAUGGCAAUCAUUUUUUGUUUUUGUUUCUAAGCCCAAAAUCCAAACCCUAAUCCAUAAUCAAUAUAUUUGUUAGGUUAAUUGGCUGCCACCACCGGAUCAAAACUGAAGCUUCUCGCUUUUCAGCCGCAGCCAUGGUGAACGUACCUAAGACCAAGAAGACCUACUGCAAGAGCAAGGAGUGCAGGAAACACACUUUGCACAAGGUCACACAGUAUAAGAAGGGAAAGGAUAGUUUGGCUGCACAGGGGAAGCGUCGUUACGACCGGAAACAAUCCGGUUACGGUGGUCAGACCAAACCAGUGUUCCACAAGAAGGCAAAGACCACCAAGAAGAUUGUGCUAAGGCUGCAAUGCCAAGGUUGCAAGCACGUUUCACAACAUCCGAUCAAGAGGUGCAAGCACUUUGAGAUUGGUGGAGACAAGAAGGGGAAAGGAACAUCUCUGUUUUAAACGUGUUAUUUAUGGUAUCUUGUUAUGUUUGCUUUACUUUAUAUGGAGUAGUUUGAACUUACAAGACUGUAAUGGAAUUUUGUUAAAUUUGCUUAGUUUCUUCUGAUGAUGUUUUGCAGUUUUCUAACUGUUAGCAAAUGUUUCACUGGCAAUUUUGAGUUCAAUUUGUUUUAAUAA